GUGCAUGCGCCGGCUCUUGAGGGUAGCCCACGCAGCAGACAUCCUUUCGCACGUCGCGCAUUCUACCACUGGUGUUUCCUUCAAUUUGUUGUAGUGUUCGUAUUUGUCGGUACUGAACCUCGAUUGCGUAGCUCGAGGUGCAUCGCGCCCCCCGUCUACGCGUUGCAAAGGCACCGUUUCUGGCGGGUUUCAUGCAGCUGCCCAGUUAUUCCAUCUCCACUAAAAAAAAAAGGCACUCUCUAGAGUAUGCCAGCCAUCUCUCCGCCUCGCAGUAGAUCUUCUCUUCGCGAUCGCAGUCAAGGCAGCCCACACCUACGCGUUAGCAGCCGUUCCGGCGCCUCAAGUCCCUUACGCGUUCCCCAGCUUGAUCGUCUCCACAACGGUUCUUACAGCGCCCAUGCUCCGCGAUCCGGCAUUCCCGGGCCGGGGUCCUUGCACUUCACCAACUUAAUCUCCCCCAGCGGUUUUGCUCAACCGUCCUACGCGGUCAGCGCAGGCACCGGUAAUGGUGGAGGCGGCAACACCAACAGCGAUAGUAGUAUCGACAAUUUUGGCCAGUCGUAUUCUCUGUCGCGCGCUUCUCGGCGAAAUGAGUCGGUGGCGUCGCGAUCGGGCCGCCACGACCGCGCACACCCGUCGUCUCCUCCCAAGCGGCGCGGCGUCCACUCGCCCAUGCCCCGCAGCACCGCCUCUGCUGUUGAUGGACGCGAGAUGAAGCUGCUCACGCCGCCGACGCCGCAUCUGCGACGGAGCACCCUAGCUACAGGGACUACUGGCCAUCAAAGCAGCCCGCGAGGUCGCAGCCGACAGCAGCAGGCGGAGGACAAAGCGCGGCGCUCCGUCUCUCCGCGAAGUAACACGCUAGAUGCUGCCGCCGCAGCCGGAGGAGGGGGAGGGGCGAUGACCAGGCGGGACAGCAGCCCCUUGUUCUCGAACUUCGCAUCCUGUACUUCGAUGAAUAGUAAUGAUGGCGGGGGAACGGCUGGGCCGCCGGCCACCUUUCCUGCACGUUCUACAGCGUUAAAUCCGCUACGUCCCACCGCCGUGACGAUCGAACUGCCCGCGGACGCCAGUGUAAGCGUGAACGGGGGAGGCAUUUCCACUACGCCCUCCACCUCUCUCGCCAACCUUCCCGCCACCGGAUCGUCCAAGGAACACUGCUCUUUCUGCAAGGCGGUGGACACGGCGCUCUAUCUCUGCCCUUGCGGAUUGGCCCGCUACUGCAGCACGGUGUGCCAGCACGCCCACUGGUCGCUCCAUCGCACCGUGUGCGGCAACAGCGUGCACGCCGUGGAGCCGUCGUGGCGGCGCUGCGACUGGUGCGGCCGUGCCUCGCAAACCUUGCGCAGGUGCGCCUGCGGUGUGGUGUACUACUGCGACGUGGACUGCCAACGGGCGGACUGGCCCUAUCAUCGGCUCGUCUGCAGCACGGUAGGGAGUGCGGCGGUUGUGGCGGCCCUCCUCGGUGGUCCGGCCCCCCGCACGACGCGCGAGGCCGCCACGCAGACCGCCCACUGGCAGAUCAACGUGCCCGUGCGGCGGUCGAUUGCGCGCAGCGAUGUCGCGCUGGAUAGCCGCGGCGUCAGCGGCUACGCCUCGACGAGUGUGCCGCCUAGCCAGCAGUACGCCUUCGCGGAGUCAGAGAGUUUUGCCGAGACCCGCUUUUUGGAGGGCAGCAGCUCGGAGAGUGAGCCGUCCUUUCCCCGCUCCAAUCGCACGCAGCCGCCGCCGUGGGCACACGGCUCGCCGGCCCCGGGCGACAGCGCCCUCACCGACGCGUCGCUGUUGAGCAGCAACAGCACCUCUGCCACAGCGGCAGGGCGUACGGGCGUGGCAGGACACAUGGACCCGGCGCGCCGGCUUUCUCCGUCGCGCGUUGGCAACGUGCUCCGCCCCCAUACGUCGUCGGGGCGUCGCACGCCUAACCCACAUCCGCGCCCCCAAUCCUUUUAUGAAAGUCUGUGCCUGACCGCCAGUCAGCAGGGGUCAUCGUCGCCGUCCACGGCGCACUUUCGCAGCUACACCGACGCAAGUUCGACCAUAAGCAAAGGGACGGGGCACAGCAGCGUAGGCUUCACGAAGAGUACGACGAUGAGCAGCGGCAUCAUCGGAGCAGGCAGUCGGUAUCCCUACGCGGUGAGUGAAGCGGAAGGUGCCGGCAACAGCAGCAACGUGUCGCCCGCCAUCUCGAUGUCGCCGGUUCGCGAUCAGCCGAGUUUGCUGGCCUUCGCGGCCACGUCUCAGCGCAAGAUUGAAAGCGACGAGCAAAAGGAGUGGGCGGAAUUGUGCCGUCAGUUUCACGUUGAUCGCAUUAGCAUCGAACUGAUGGUGUUGCCGAAGUUGGAGGAAGAGCAGCGUAUGACGAUAUUGAAGGAAGAGGUGAUGUGGUGCAUUGUUACCGGUUACCCCGCCGCAAAGAGUCUCAAGCAACGAGUGCUGCGGAGGGAUAAAUAG